AUGGAGUCCGAAUUCGCGGUUUCUGCAAAACGGUUUUCUGCUCGUUUGAGUGCAAAGAAAGACGUCCAGCGGUCAGCCCGCCACAGGCCCAGGACCGAAUCAGCCACAACGGCACAACCAGCACACAGCGAGCUCAGAAGACCUAGGCGCGGUCCGUCGUCUUCGAAGCCAUACGACAGACCGUCAACUCCGGCAGUUUCGUCCUCCUCGGUGGCGCUGCCGAACCCGAGGCGAUCUCUCAGGAUAUCCCCCUCUGAGCUCGUCCGACGCGAGAACGCCUUGCUCGCUGCUGAGAGAGAGGUCCAGCAGAAGAAAGAAGAUCUGGCUCUCCAGAUCGAGGCCCACGAGAAACAGCAGCACGAAACAACCACAUUGCUAUCCCAGCUUGCUGAGAGGGACGCAGCCACCGCACUCGCCCAGUUAGAACAGCACUUUGUCUGUCCAUUACUUGCCGCAGCAGUUAUCACGGGUUUCAUCGACAAGAUUUCAGCCUCGUCCGUGAAUACCGCGAUGAAAGUAAAGCGGGAAGAGGAUGAGGCGCUACUGGUAUCGGCAUCGAAAAGACCCCAAGGAAGAAAAUGUUCGCGGAAGGCCAAGUCGGAAGAGAAUGAAGAAGAGAAACCGCGAACUACGGAAAUCGAUGCUUGGAGAGAAGGGGGUGUCUCCAGGAUCGAGUGGCACAAGAAGGAAAGGUAA